UCCUCCCCCCCACUCACCUCCCGCCCUCCUCAUCAUCCAUACAAACUCCAGCCUCGUCUCUCAAACUAACUCACUCCUCUCCGCGACGCGACCUCCGCUCAGCCUCUUCGUCCUCCCGCUCCUCCUCCUCAUCCUCCAGUCCGGCAUGCUGUGGAAGUCCAGAACCAAGACCGAGGUGGCGCAGGAGCGCGCGGACGGACUGAGCGCAUCCUCUCCGGGGGGGCGCCUCUCCCAGCUGUCCUCGCUGAACCAGGCCGCGUACUCGUCCGCCCCCCCGCUCUGCCACACGCCGGCCUCCGACUUCCAGCCGCCCUACUUCCCGCCGCCGUACCCGCAGUCCUCGCUGCCGUACUCCCAGAGCCAGGACUACUCGCACCUGCCGGACCCCUACUCCUCCAUCAACUCCCUCCACCAGCACCAGCAGGCGGCAUGGCACUCGCAGAGGUCGCGCUCCGAGGACGGCGCGCUGCUGGCUCAGUCGCACCGCGCGCUCAGCCUGGACCCCCGCCGGGAGUACCCGGCCGUGCCGCGGCUUCUCCAUGGCCUCGGGGAGGGCGCUGCGGCCCUCGGGGAGGGGCCUCUGGGGAUGCACCUGGGACAUCACGGCCUGGACGAUCUGCAGGGCAUGGAGGAGGGAUCCGCUCUGGGCAUCCUGGACCAUUCCGUCAUUAAAAAAGUUCCCCUCCCGUCCAAGCUGAACGGCUCCUCGCUGUCAGCGCUCUCCAUCGGGAAGGAGGGCCUGGGGAUGGGCGCCGUGUCCAACCCGGCCGAGGUCUUCUGCUCGGUGCCGGGCCGCCUGUCGCUGCUCAGCUCCAACUCCAAGUACAAGGUGACGGUCGGGGAGGUGCAGCGCCGCCUCUCUCCACCUGAGUGCCUCAACGCCUCCCUGCUGGGCGGAGUCCUGCGCAGGCCGUCCACCUGGCGCGGGACUUCGGUUACGUUUGUGAGACGGAGUUUCCAGCCAGAGCCACGGCGGAGUACCUGUGCAGGCAGAGCGACCCGGACCAGCUGCAGACGCGGCGCAGCAUGCUGUUGGCCACAAAGGAGGUCUGUAAGGAAUUUGUGGACCUGAUGUCCCAGGACCGCUCCCCACUCGGCGGAAGUCGCCCCACCCCCUGCCUGGAACCUGGCGUCCAGGGAAGCCUCACCCACUUUAGCCUGCUGACCCACGGUUUCGGCACCCCCGCGAUCUGCGCGGCGCUCUCCGCCUUCCAGAGCUACCUGAUGGAGGCCAUUAAAAUGCUGGACAAGGGCGAGGGCAAGAGCCACCACGACAAGGAGAUGAAGCUCCGCAAAUGAAAUUGCAAAGCAUGCACGGGGGGGCACAGACUGUGCAACAGACUUUAUGCCCCCCCGCUCCAUCGAGGACACAAGGCCGGUGAGGUUUCUGUACUGCAACACUUCCUGGAAAGAUGACUUAUAGCAAGCCAAAAGGGACAAAAUAAUCCCUGGGAAAUGCAGCGUUUUGGUCAACAUUAUUCUGCAUCUCUUAGCACCUUUUGUCCGUUCUGGUUUGCCAUAGGGGACUCAUGUUGACGCACGGACCUUUUAUUCUCCACGACAGACAUGACUUCUCCUGAAAAUGUUGGGGGUGGGAAUGGAUCUUAUUAUUUAUUUAUUUAUUUACCUUGUUUUACUUACUCUCCGAUCCCAACAACGCGUGCACACACUCUCCUGGGAAGCGUCAGAAGCCAUAUCCGACAGCCGCUCUGUGCUCCUCUGCCAGACUUUACUGUGAGUUCUCUGCAACAGGUGGUCAUGGGAAAUUGAGUUUCUGACAGGCAGCUAACGCAGAUUUUUUUCUUUUAAUUUCAAAGUGUUGGUAACUUAUAAAAAUCAUUUUGUACUUUCUGUGACUGUUUAUUAUUACCGUUGUUAUUAUUGUAUUACUGAAUAAAUGUAAUAUAUUAUUAAAGAAUUAAGAAUUUG